GUCAAAUUAUAUAUGACGUCAAAAUUCGAUCCGCCUAUUUUCUUUCUAGUAGGUUGCAACUAUGUAAGAAAUUGUAUUUGAAUAGCUAUUUGUUACGCUGCAGCAGUGGAGGUUGUUUGUUAGAUGUAUGGCUGAUGAAGCAAGUUAACACUAGAAAAUAUGUAACUAACAUCAAAACGGUUAUGAGAUGUAUAAACGAGUGAUAUUAUCAUAUAAAUUAUAUUAUGUAUAGAAUUCUGGACUUACAAAGCCUCUAAAAACAAUGCAAAUGAAUUGCCCUCGUAGGCUUAGUGGCGGCAGCCUCCAGGCCCCAGGCUAAAAACAACUCAUUGGGAGAAGAGGGCUCCUCACCAGGUUGAGAAAACAAAAAGUUUUCCUAAGUUACUCACAAAUGCCUAGUGCGGUUCUUCUGCCCAUGGAACCCAUUCAAUUUGGAUUGCGAAAUGGAAAAAUGCUGUGAUGAAGAUCGGUUUUGGACAGUCCUCUACGAUUAUGAUGCAGCCGGUGAUGAUGAGCUCGCACUGCGUCGAGGGGAACAGGUGGAAGUGCUGUCCAAAGAUGCCGAGAUUUCAGGGGAUGAGGGAUGGUGGACGGGUAAAAUUAGCGAUAAGGUUGGGAUUUUCCCCAGCAAUUUCGUGACACAGCAUGUAGGAAAUUCUGAUCGACCAGUUGAAAUAAAAUUCUCUGAAUUAGAUUUAGAAAAAGUAAUCGGUGUAGGGGGUUUUGGUAAAAUGUACAGAGGGUUUUGGAAGGGUGAGGAAGUUGCAGUGAACGCUGCCCGGCAAGACCCAGAUGAAGAUAUAAGUGCUACAGCACAAAGUGUGCAACAGGAAGCAAAAAUAUAUUGGCUCCUCAAUCAUCCAAACAUUGUUACCUUAAAAGGAGUUUGUCUUGAGGAGCCAAACUUGUGUUUAGUAAUGGAAUAUUCAAGAAGUGGUUCUUUGAAUCGUGUACUUAAUGGAUGUGUACUUAGUAUGCUGGUUUGUUGGGCAAUACAAAUUGCUCGAGGCAUGAACUACUUACAUUCAGAAGGUCCAAUUUCACUUAUUCAUCAAGAUCUGAAGUCAAGCAAUGAAUGUUGGAAUGUUGAUGCUCACAGCUGGCCAAGCAUUGUGAACCUUCUUACUGACUUAGAAGCCAUAGUUCACUCUCCAGUCAUGAUCACACCUCAGAAAUCAUUCUACAUACUACAGGAGGACUGGAAGCAUGAGAUAGGCCAGAUGUUUCAUGAACUAAGGUGUCAUGAUAAGGAAUUUGGUGUAGAGAGGAAGAGUUAAGUAAAGCCAUUAUUCAGCAAAAAAUCCAAGAAGAGAUGCUGAAGAAACGGGAACAGGAACUUACUGAAAGAGAGUUUUAUGUGUUAGAAAGAGAGCUUAACAUUAUCUUUAUUCAGCAACAGCAAGGGAGAAAAGAAAAGGAAAGUUUAAAAAGAAUCGUCUCAAGUUGUUGAAUAAUGGAGGACAGCAAAUUAGCAUGCCCUCAGGUACUAUGGAAAAUAAUGGGAGUUGACUAGUGAAAUAAGACUGAUAGCAUAUUGCUAGCUCAAGUGUAAAUGAUUAAUUACAAAUGAUAGAUGUUUACAUACACAGAGUUUUCAGUAUGCUUUGAUAUUUAGUGAGCUACAAUAUUAAAUUAAUACAUCCACUUUAUAUUUUACAUGAUUAUAGCAAUUGUAGUAAUGGUUGUAUCAUGUUUAAUAUUGCUUAAAAAAAAGAGGAAAUUAUUGAAGGUAUGUGUAUAAUUACUGAAGUUUAGUUUAUCAAUCUUCUAGACAUAGACACUUAUACACACACACACACACAGAUAUAUAUUGAAGCACUAGAGCUGGGUGAUUAGUAAAAUUUUUUAAUUGAUAGGCUCAUUAAUUGAUUACUUUCAACUAAUUGAUUAUUCUCAUGAGAAAGCUAAAAAAAUACAGCUCAUAACACUGCAAAUUGAGUUUCAACAUCUGCAGUAGGUAUAGCACAGAUAGACAUUGUGAAGCUUUGGGAUUAGUAAUGAAGAAAUAUAAUGGCAAUAUUUUAUUUACUUGCUUAAUUGAAAUGACCAAAACCAGUAAUAAUUAGAAACACUCAUUUCGAUUAUUUGCUUUUUCAUGACAUUAAUUAAUUUAUUUGUAAUUUUGAU